CACCAUUUAGCGAUCUCAGCAGUCGAUAUGACGUUAGCCCUGGACGGUCUGAAAAAUCUCUGCAGAUUGAUAAAAGUGAACGUGGAAGGGGCAUCUCCCAGGGGUCACUUUCCGUCGAGCAUGCGGAGUGACUCUAGUCUGGUGUAUUCCAGGGGAUCCUGAGACAUUGCCCUGUGCAGAAGGUUCAGUGCCAAACCCAAGGCUGAGCAGCGCCACACCCACUUCCGGAAUGCAGGCUGAGGAGCGGCUGUGCAUGCUUCUUUCUCUCAUUUACUCAGGCUGCCUCUUGGCGUAAGGACCAGCUUCGGUCAUCAGACCCUGCUGUCCUGUUAACUUGAGGUUUAGGUGUCAGCAUUUCUUCAGUACAGCUCGGAUGUCUGGGUGAGCCCACACAGGUGGCUUCUCCUUGACCAGAGCCUUGAGUGACUUGCUCGGUGACCUUGCAUGUAGAGACCAAAGAGACCCUGGGUGAUUUAUGCACAGAGAUUUCAACCCAGUGGGAUGGCGGGGGACCAAUGAGGGUCUAAUGUAGGAACUUGACGUAGAACUCUACGUAGCUGGCCUUGAACUCCCCCAUCUUCCUGCCUUCACGCCUCACGUGCUCAAGUCAUUCCAUUUCUUCUUAGACCCGUGAAGAAGCCGGGACUUCGGGAAUUCAGUCUGCGUGGUGGCCUACCUUGGACUGUUCAUGCUCUGCGUCUCCUACCAGGUUGACGAGAGGACGUGUGUCCAGUUUUCUAUGAAGGUACUCUACUUCCUCCUGAGCGCCCUGGGCCUGGCGGUCUGCAUGCUGGCCGUGGCGUUUGCCGCCCACCACUACGCCCUGCUCACACGGUUUACCUGUGAGGCCUCCCUGGAUGCCUGCCUGUGCAAACUGCCCUCCUCAGAGCCCCUCAGCAGGACCUUUGUCUACAGGGAUGUGGCCGACUGUGCCAGCGUCACCGGCACUUUCAAGUUGUUCCUCAUCAUCCAGAUGGCUCUGAACCCCGUCUGUGGCCUUGUGUGCUUGCUGGCUUGCUUUGUGAUGUGGAAGCACAGGUACCAGGUCUUUUAUGUGGGUGUUGGGCUGCGUUCCCUGAUGGCUUCCGAUGCCCAACAACAAAAGGCCUAACAGCUUGGCUCGGGGGUAGAGAGAGAGGCAGAAGCAGAACCCCAAGGAGCCAAGGUGGAAACCACAGGCUUUUUUUAAAGGCAAGCUUUUGACAACAAAUGCUUAUUCAUUCUCUAAGCGAAUAUUUUUAGAUUUUUUUCAGAAAACAAAAGAACUUUUUUUUUUUGGAUCUCUAUUGUACAUUAAAAAAAGGAUUCUUGUGGGGACGGGGGUUGAGGGACGGCACACAAGCCCUCUUGCAGAGGACCCGAGUUCAAGGUAUUUCAGAACCCAAGUUGGGUGGACCACAGCUACCUGUAUUUCCAGUCCCAGGGGGCAUUGGGUGCCCCACACAUACACGCAAUGUACAUAAUUUUUUAAAAGAGCUUUUUAAAAUGAGAAACAGGAUUCACAUUGAUUUGACGAACACUGAGAGGAAAAGAAUGAUGAACAAGGAACGGAAGGCUUCAAUCUGCUGCCCCAAGCUGUUGCUUCCUACCAACACUCUUUUGCCCAUGACUCACACAACCUCCUUUCCUGCCGGCCCAGUGUGAUGGCGUGAACUGGCUCCUAAGGCUGCUUCCUAAGCUCUAGACCCUUCUAGCUCCUUCUGCCACCUCUCCUUACCAAAGAAGGGUAGAGGUCUGGGGGAGAGAUGAAUCUCUGUACUGAAUGCUUUUAUUUUUCACAGUCGAGAUGUCUCUAAGGAACGGGAUAGCUUUUUUUUUAAAGCCUGGUAGAACAGGAAGGCUUAGUAAUUAUGAACACCCGGGCUGGGGCGCAGCCUCCUGGCUCCCUUAACCCCGCUCCAUGAGUGGGCUGCAGCCUGCCUCCGUGAUUGUCCACUUACAUAAUUGUAAGGUGGCGCCGUUGCAUUCUUAGUGAUGUAGAAAGUUUAAAAACAAUUACCUUAUGCCUCUAGUCUACCAUCUAAAACAAAUCAUUAAGACUAAUUUCCAGCUAAUUGUUCAUUAUAAGUACGCUCAGAAGUCUGUUUAAUGAGCUCUGGCUGUACUUAGGCAUCGCUGUUGGUGUUAAGAAAAAUUAUAGCCAUGAGGGAAGACGUCUGAAGAUCCCCUUUCCCGGAAACCAGCCACUGCAGAAAAGAACUUGUAGAACACCAACCAAUACUCAGGUUUAAAACUCUCCUGGAGAAGAAAACCAAGAGCAUUUGUCAUAAGAAACACUUGAACUAUUAGCACAGUAGUGUGACAUGUUCAAAAUUGUCUUCCUUGACAACCAAGAACCUUUGAUGGUGAUUGGGUACCACUGGUGAGUCCUGUCACGAACUUGGACUUUCUAUAAAUCCUGUUAAUGAUGACUUUUACAGUUGACCUAGAGACAAAUGUCCCAAUGCCAUUAUUUGGGCCACAUGUCUACCGUUAGAGGGCUGAUUUAGUUUCAUUACCAGUUUAGACUUAAGACAGGUACUUUGUUAGGAUGGCCUCUGCUGUGUUACUGUUUUAUUACCGAACUCAGAAGAGCAUCUGGGCAUCGAGGAAGGCGCUCACCUGGGAAAUCCACACCGUGUAAACACCACCACGAAUGUCUCUCUUAAUCUGUGUUUUUAAAAGCAGAAGUUCCAGGUUACGGUUCAGCUAAGUUUGCUCUCCACCUCGCCUGUCCAGAUACUUUCCUGGUCACAACAUUUGCCUUAAGGGGACACGUAAUCUCUUUUGCCUUUGAGAGUAGGUGGAGAAUUCCAUGACGGUGACAAUGGAGUCAGUUCUGUGUGACACACACAUCCCAAUGGCAGGAAUGUGUUAGGCUUAGCUACCUGGGAGACUGCCCCUGUAGUUUCCUCCAGGUAAAACUCCUUAUGUUCUGACUUUAAGUCUGCCUUUCUUGCCUGCUAGCUCAGGUCAGCAAGGCUCCUUGGAGAGAAUAGUGGGUAAAAUUCCACCACAGGUCUAAUCCUUAACUUUGCGUGAGCACAACACUAGGCUGCCGGAUACUGGCCUGAAAAACCUUCCGUACUUGUUAACAAUAACCAACUCUAGGCUGGCAACAUAGCUCAGUUAGCCAAGUUAGUCCCAGUAAGAACUUAAUUCUUAGACACCAGAAAAAAAAAAGACAUAACCCUGGCACCGAGGAGGCAGAAGCAGGCAGGUCCCUGGGACUCCUGGACCAGACAGCUUUAAUUUAAUGAUCAAAUUAUGUGUCCCCGGUAGGAGAGUUUGUCUCAGGAAACAGAAACAGAAAGUAAACCACAGUGGGCAGCUGACCUCUGACCUCCACACACACAAUUGCACCUGCACACAUGUGAAGAAUAAGCAGAUUCGCGUGGACUUGUGAUGGCUUUCUGUAGAAGUAGUAAAAUGAUUGGGAAUCCGGGCUGUCACGGGAUGUCAUGGGAUGUCCUUUCAAAGCGAGGUUGUUUUCAUGUCAGCUGCUGUGCAUCGGGUACCCUCAGACAGAGGCACACAGAACACCUUCACAACCUUGACCAGCAAAGUCAACAGGUUUUUUUAAUCCCUCCCUUUUUAAUGAGAAAAUUAACGUCCCUACACAAUUAGGUUGCUCUAUGCUUUACAAAAGACUCAUGGAGCAUUUUAAAGGGUAGGAUAAUUUUAGCCUGCGGGUUUCUUGUUUUCUAACACAAUCAAGAGUGGGCACGGUUUAAGCUUAUAAAAAUUUGCCUGCAUAGAAUGGGGAUUUUUAUAUGAUCAGAUUCUUCUUAACUCCUCCAAAGAGGUGGGUGAGGGGAAGGUUGUAAGUGCAUAGAAGGAGCAAAACCAAAUGUAAGGAUCCCUUUGCUAAAGCUCUCUGUAUAGUGGGGUGUGUGUGUGUAAGAAUGGUGCUGCAUGAAUAACGAACGGCUUUGGGUUGGAUCUGAAGUAUUUUGACAUUGUGUUUUGCAAAUAUUGAAGCUGCAGAAAGGCAACAGAGGCUUCUCACUUAGCAAAAACGUCACACUUCAGAUCUGUCGAGGAGCCAGGAUGGUGACUGUGCCUUCCAAACCCUAAAACAGCAAGGUUCGCACAGCUCCCCUCCCCAAAGCCUGCUUCAGGAGAAUUAAACGAAUCGAGAUUUUGCAAAGACCGAGACACGGCCAGGACUUGGCAGUAGUUGGAAUAGGAAUACGACGUCCCGAACGUACAGACUGUAACCGAGCCCACUCAACGGGUCUGCGCCUUCAUGUGACCAUCAUCUGUGGUUCCCAAAGCGCCAUCCAAAUUGGUGUAGGCAGCACCUUGGAGCCGUGCCUAAACCAUAGCUACUCCCAAGCCCUGGAAACUGUAGUCAAGCAGCAGGCCUCAUGUGUCUCCUUCCUUGGAUUGAGGGCUUAGAUGUUCCCUUCUGAGUGCCUUCCAGCGUGUUCCCACAGUGAAAUUCCAUUCUGUGUAUGUUUUCUCUCCAUGUCCGACAUGAUCUCCCGAUUCUCUAUGUGCGGUAUGUGAUACAUUUAUGAGAUUGUAGAAGAGACUGGAUAAGAGCUGUCUGGGGGAGAUCAGUGGAGCAGUCACUGAGCGAGCAUCAGAAAUGAGCGUGAAAGCUGCCUGUCCUUUACAAACAUGAACUGUGUCCUGGUCCCCGGCGACUGCCUCUGAAAUCGCGAUGUGUGGUGGGUCACAUUUGUAUAAAUAUACCACUGGAUUUUUACUCCAGUUUAAAAACCCACAGUGUGCUUUAGCAGUGCAGCGUAAGUUCUAGCUGUCUGAUGGCCAAAUCCUUAGUGGUGAAGCCACUGAAAUGAGCUCGCACAUUUUAAUUCCUCAUCUGAAGCGGGCACUGUCCCUUUCAGAGCUGUGGGUCUGUGUCUUGGUGCUGCCGUUUCCUUUCCUGGCCUCGAACCAAAAGAUGAAGUGUUUCUGUACAUUUGAGGUGGUUGUUUUUAAGGGGGGGGGGGUUCGUGUGUUUCCUUUAUUAAUAAACUUUGCAUAAUCUUCAAA